AUGACACUACUAGAUGAACAAUUGAAAAGGAUAGAAGAUGGAACGAAACUUUUAAACUCAUAUUAUUUUCAAGAUCAGGGAAUGUUCACAAACUCAAUUAUUAAUGAAACACCAACAUCUUUUUUACAAGAUUCUACGCCUGAUGAAAGACAACUAUAUAGAGUAGUUCAUAAAAAUUUUCACAUUAAUCAAAAUAAGAAUUUAGGUAAAUUUUACGACACGAACACGAUUGGAGAAGAUCCGAUAAUUGAAAGAAUUGAUGGAAAAUCCAUUUACAAAGAAAUCUUACCAGGAGAUGAAAUACUAGAUAUAAAUGAUGAUUAUGAAAAUGAAUACGACAAACCAAUGGUAAGAGUACCUGAGCUAUAUACAAAUGACUUACAUGAACAGAACAAGGGAAGUACAUUCUUCACGAUUAAUUUUGGAUCAGAAACUUUAGAAAAUCAAAUAAAUGAAUUAAUUCAAACAAUAAAUGAAUAUCCAGAUUUAAUUUUAAAUUAUCAAAGUAUAAAAGAUAAAUGUGAAAUAUUGAAAGAAAAUUAUUUGAAUUCUGUGAAUGAAAUUGAGGAAAUUGAAGAUGAGAUCGCUAUAAUACAAGAUGCAAUGAAUGAUUCAAGGUCUGACAGUCUCAUUGAUUUGCAAGAAUUAAUAAAUGCUGAAGAAGAAGAAAUCCAUCGUUUAGAAAAUGUAUUGGAGAAAAGACAAGAAACAAGUUAG